AUGUUGCAGAACCAACAACUGCCGAAUUUCCACCGCUAUUUUUUAGCCGCCCUAGCCCGGAAAUCUUUGGAACGGACGGAGACCCAGCUGCUAGCGGUGCAAGAGAUCUCCAAGGCACAUGAAGAACUCAAACGACCAUAUGGGGGACGGCCGCGCGGUGUAUAUAUCCACGGCCCCGUUGGACAAGGCAAAACGCUCAUCUUGAAUGCAUACCGGGACUUCCUCAAAAAAACUGAACCUCCGGUUGUCGUCCCUGCUGGUCGGGCCGCCCCUGGCGAUCGGGCCGCCCCUGGUGAUCGGGCCGGCGCUGGUGAUCGGGCCGCCCCUGGUGAUCGGGCCGCCCCUGGUGGUCGGACACGGGGAUCCGAUGUCUAUCCCACACCUGGUAAAUCGAACAUGACUCGUAGGCUCUUAAGCAUGUUUGGUAACCAGAACGAGGAUCGUGGAGAUGAGGAUCGUGGAGAUGAGGAUCGUGGAGAUGAGGAUCAGGGUAUCCACGAGGAGUUCGAUGCUGCCCCAAGAUCUGACAGCAUGGGAUCUGACAGCAUGGGAUCAGAUAUCAUGCGAUGGAGCACUGGAUUUUUACGGUGUCAUUACACUGACUUGAUGUUGAUGUUGAAUGGGUUGUUGCAUAGUGAUAUCUUCAAAGCAAUGACAAUGUCGGAGUAUUUAGGAUGUCUGCGGGAGAGUGACAAGCGUGAGGUUUUGGGACAUCAGGGUCAGGCGCGUUAUGGUAUGUCUUUAGAUGAAAGUGUGAAUAAAAUCGUAGAUAAGUUUCGUGCCGAGAAGAUCCACGCCUUGCUCAUCGACGAGGUGUACAUUAACAAUAUCAGUGAUGCUGUGCUAUUUCGAUACGUCAUGGACGCCUUAUGGUCCCGGCUGAAGAUUGUGGUUGUGAUGACUUCAAAUCUGCCACCAGAAUCUCUGUAUAUAAAUGGGUUGAACUACUCGCGAUUCGCCCCGUUUAUUCCGUCACUAAAAAAGAACUGUACUGUCAUUAAUUUAAAUCAUCACAAAGACUUGCGACUACUCAACUCCUCUAAACACAAUCAUCACUCCUAUGGUGGUGGUGGUGAUGGAACGCAGAUAGCAAAUCACUUUUAUAACAUCCCUUCUCGGUCAUUACAGGAGAUUAUACAGUUCAUAAAAGAAGACUUGAUUUUACAAUUCUCUGUGGACAAUAGUGAUCCGGAUCAUGAUGACAACAAUAGUGAUCCGGAUAAAUCAACUCAGCAACGAGCGAUUGUAGACGAAGAGGCUAUAGACGAAGAGGCUAUAGACGAAGAGGCUAUAGGCAAAGAGGCUAUAGGCAAAGAGGCUAUAGACGAAGAGGCUAUAGACGAAGAGGCUAUAGGCAAUAGUGAGCAGCGAAUAGAAUCGAGACGGAUAUGUAGUCGGCCAGUAAUUGAGUUCUCCCGGAUGUUGGAUGAACGAAGCGGACCAAAACGUUUCGCUUUAAUGCACCAGAGAGAACUUGAAUGUCCCUGGUUCUUUAACGGCAUAGGGGUCUUCUCAUUUGACCAGAUUUGUAAUGGAAAUACUUCACCGUCUGAUUACAUUUCAAUGACCAAUUUUGUUAACAAGAGAUUAUAUAUAUACGACAUACCACAUCUAAAUGUGAAUGAACAUAAGGAACAGAUUAGACGCUUCAUUAAUUUGAUUGACGUAUUUUAUGAACGAUGUAUCCCUGUUUGUUAUAACUCUGAUGAGAAGCCAUUGGGAUUAAUUGAAGGAUGUCUGCCAGCUAUUGAAGCCCUUGGUCAAUUGCUCAAGUAUAUUAAGAUGAAUUCUUUCUCUUUUGAAGACUUCUGGGAUACACAUGCUGCAGGAUGUCAUGUCGGUAUUGACAAAGAGAACUGGAUGGCAGCUGUAGCUCAAAUCCUGGAUCAUAAGUAA